UUACAUACACAACAGUUUGCAACGCAACUCGUAGCCAUCUCGUGCGUUUUGUGAUGAAUCGGUUGCGCGGUUAUUUUACGUGAUAAAGUGAAUAAUUUUCCCCACGAAUCAAGAUGGCCACACCGACGAUGAUGGCCGUUACGCUGCUUACGCGCGCCAUCGAAUACGAUGUGGUUGGACGCAAGCUGGAAGCGCUUAAGCUGUACGAAGAUGGCAUCGAAUCGCUGCUAAAGGAAUCCAAAGCCGAAACGGACCCAAAGCGGAAGCAGCACUAUCAGACCAAAAUCGUGGAGUAUAUGAACCGGGCGGAACAGGUGAAGGAACUGGUCACCCGAUGGAAGAGCAAGGGUGUGAUUAGCGACCGGAUACACAUCGUGGAGGGUGCCACCGGGUACAGCUACGGCCGAAUAUUUGGCAAAUACUUUAACGACGAAGUGCACGAGAUACUGCUCGAGGAGCCGUAUGUGCGGGAGCACCACCAGAUUUGUAAUUUGGUGAUGUUCUGCGAGCUGGCCGUGAACAGUUGCCGCAAUCUGAAGUACAUCCAGCUGGCCACGGUUAAGGAGGCAAAGAAUGGUGACGAACAGGGUCGGGCGUUCGAAGUGCUGAAGCAAAGUUUACACAAACAAGCCGUCAAGUUUGUGGUGGAAUACUCGGAACACAUGCACGAUCGACAAGUGAUACUUAGCAAUGGAUACGUCAUUAAGAUUGGUCGCGGCCUGAACUACUUCAAACCGUCCCCGAGCAAGUACUGUCUCGGCGCCUUCAACUACCAUUUCCGGGAGUGCCGGGAAACGAACGUGGACGUGUUCUACUGUCCGGAGAAUAAUAAAUCAUGACUCUCUCAAUAAAGUCAUCGGAAGUUUGAUGCGCAUAAGCAAAAACAAAAAAAAAACGACAAACGAACAAAUAAAGCACUGAACUUAACAACAAAA